CGCCAUCAUUAGAGCCGUAACCUAAUCAGAUUCCAGAAGAAGAAGAAGAGGAAGAAGAAGGAUCGCGAAGGAUACGAAGCUUAUUCUGGUUAUCUCCCAUGGCGACCAAGGUUUUGGCGCUCACUUGCUUACGGAAAGAGCGAUACAGCGGCGGGCUUGGCCCGCGGUACCCGCUGGUGCCGAAGCGCAAUUCCCGCGGCGGCGGAUCUCCGGCGGAGGAGGCGUAUCGCGAGGGUAACGUGGCGGCGAGGGCGGUGUUCCGAGUCGUCGGGAUGACUUGCUCCGCUUGCGCCGGAUCCGUUGAGAAGGCCAUCAAGCGACUUCCCGGGAUUCGUGAGGCUGUCAUCGAUGCGCUGAACAAUCGGGCUCAAGUCUUGUUUUACCCAAAUUCUGUGAACGAGGAAACUAUUCGAGAGACUAUCGAGGAUGCUGGCUUCGAAGCAUCACUUAUAGAAAACGAAGUGAAUGAGAAGUCCACACAAGUAUGUAGGAUACGGAUAAAUGGUAUGACUUGUACCUCUUGCUCAUCCACCAUUGAAGGAGUUCUGCAAUCACUUAAUGGUGUACAGAAGGCCCGUGUUGCAUUAGCAACCGAAGAAGCCGAAAUUCAGUACGACCCCAGUGUUCUCAGCUACGAGCGACUGCUUGAAGCAAUAGAAGAUGCUGGAUUUGAAGCCAUACUUAUGAGUACCGGUGAGGAUGUGAGUAAGAUCGCUCUGAAGGUUGAAGGUGAGUAUACCGAUGAAUCCAUGAGAAUGGUUGAAAGAUCUCUUGAGGCACUUCCUGGGGUCCAAGAGGUUGAAAUCCACUAUGGAACUGAUAAAAUAUCUAUACUGUACAAGCCCGACAUGACAGGGCCGAGGAACUUCAUUCGGGUGAUAGAAUCCACUGCCUCUGGUCAUAUCAGGGCAUCAAUAUUUUCUGAGGGUGGAGCAGUAGGCAGAGAUUCUCCAAGGAAGGAGGAGAUUAAGCAGUACUAUAAGUCGUUUCUCUGGAGUUUGGUCUUUACCGUACCGGUAUUUUUGACAUCCAUGGUCUUUAUGUAUAUCCCUGGAAUCGGUCAUUUGCUGGAUUUUGAAGUUAUCAAUAUGCUCACUAUUGGAGAAAUCAUAAGAUGGGUUCUGUCAACACCUGUGCAAUUUUUCAUUGGUUGGAGAUUUUAUACUGGCUCUUACAAGGCUUUACGCCGGGGUUCUGCUAAUAUGGAUGUGCUGAUUGCACUGGGGACAAAUGCAGCCUAUUUCUAUUCAGUAUAUACAGUGUUGAGAGCUGCAACCUCUCCUGAUUUCAAGGGAGUAGAUUUCUUCGAGACCAGUGCAAUGCUCAUUUCAUUUAUUAUACUAGGGAAAUAUUUGGAGGUCCUAGCUAAAGGAAAAACAUCUGAAGCAAUUGCAAAGCUUAUGAACUUGACACCUGAUACUGCAAUACUGUUGACGUUAGACGAUGAGGGGAAUGUGAUUAGUGAAGAAGAGAUUGACAGUCGACUGAUACAGAAGAACGAUGUGAUCAAAAUUGUUCCUGGUGCUAAAGUAGCUUCAGAUGGUUAUGUUUUGUAUGGACAAAGUCAUGUUAAUGAGAGUAUGAUCACCGGAGAGGCAAGGCCAGUGGCAAAGAGAAAGGGUGAUGCAGUAAUAGGAGGCACUGUGAAUGAGAAUGGAGUUUUGCAUGUGAAAGUGACAAAGGUUGGCUCAGAGAGCGCUCUUGCUCAAAUUGUUCGGCUUGUUGAGUCAGCCCAGCUGGCCAAAGCUCCAGUGCAGAAAUUUGCUGAUCGGAUUUCCAAGUACUUCGUUCCGUUGGUGAUUCUCCUCUCAAUGUCAACUUGGCUUGUCUGGUUUUUAGCCGGGAAACUGCACUGGUACCCCAAAUCUUGGAUACCUUCUUCAAUGGACAGCUUUGAGCUGGCUCUUCAGUUUGGAAUAUCCGUGAUGGUCAUAGCCUGCCCAUGUGCUCUAGGACUGGCCACUCCAACCGCUGUUAUGGUCGGUACAGGGGUCGGUGCAUCCCAAGGUGUACUGAUAAAGGGAGGGCAAGCCCUAGAAAGGGCACAUAAGGUAAAUUGCAUUGUCUUUGACAAGACAGGAACUCUCACUAUGGGGAAGCCAGUGGUCGUAACAACAAAACUCCUGAAGAACAUGGUACUGCGAGAGUUCUAUGAACUUGUUGCAGCAACUGAGGUGAACAGUGAACAUCCAUUAGCGAAGGCCAUUGUCGAGUAUGCCAAGAAGUUCAGAGACGAUGAAGAGAACCCUUCAUGGCCUGAAGCCCGUGAUUUUGUGUCGAUCACCGGUCACGGUGUAAAAGCCAUUGUUAAGGGGAAUGAGAUUAUGGUGGGAAACAAGAAUCUAAUGUUGGAUUAUGGAGUUGAUAUUCCACAUGAUGCUGAAGAUUUGCUAGCGGAAGCCGAGGAGAUGGCACAGACAGGUGUUCUUGUCUCUAUAAACCAUGAAUUGACCGGAGUUAUCGCUGUUUCUGAUCCUCUGAAACCGAGCGCCCGUGAAGCCAUAUCCAUUCUCAAGUCUAUGAAAAUAAGAAGCAUCAUGGUGACCGGUGACAACUGGGGAACUGCCCAUUCCAUUGCUCAGGAAGUUGGUAUCGAAACCGUCAUCGCAGAAGCCAAACCGGAGCAUAAAGCCGAGAAAAUUAAGGAACUACAGGGUGAAGGCCAGAUCGUGGCAAUGGUGGGAGACGGGAUCAAUGACUCACCCGCCCUCGUGGCUGCAGACGUAGGAAUGGCAAUCGGUGCAGGAACUGACAUUGCCAUAGAAGCAGCUGACAUAGUUCUGAUGAAGAGCAACCUGGAAGAUGUGAUCACAGCCAUCGAUCUCUCGAGGAAAACCUUCUCCCGGAUCCGUCUCAACUACUUAUGGGCUCUCGGGUAUAACCUCCUCGGGAUACCCGUUGCAGCGGGAGUGCUAUUCCCGUCCACUCGGUUCAGGUUGCCGCCAUGGAUUGCUGGUGCUGCCAUGGCUGCUUCUUCUGUUAGUGUUGUCUGUUGCUCUCUCUUGCUGAAGAACUACAAGAGGCCUAAGAAGCUGGAUCGUAUGGAGAUCCGUGGCAUUCAGAUUGAGCGGUUUUAGAAAACCGUGCUUAUCCCGGUUGGUUAAACCAUUUGUACCAACAGACGAAUGUUGAAUAAUGUUUUGUAAGCUUUGUUUUGUGCCCUUGUAAAAAUAUUUUGGCGCAUGAUAUUUGGUUUGGUUACUCGGAAUGAAGAUAUCCUCACGGGCAAUUCAGUUUU